UAAUUUUGGGUGUGUAUCUAUUUUUAUUCGUCAACGUUAGCCCGAUUUCUGCCUUAGUUCGAGAAUUAAAAACUAUAUAGUGGAACUGCAUUGUGUCGCUGUCGCCUGUUCGAUGUUGUAUCCAUGUGGGAAACACUCCUUUCUAGACAAACAGUAAUCUAAACCAUUGCCCGGCGCAAUGCUCUUUUGUUAUUUCCAGCCUGCCAUUAAGACCAUCCAUCCACCAUCCCCUCGAAAACAUUCAGAGCACUUGCGUUUUGAUCGGUUCGAUCAUACAACCAAAAAUAAAAAACCAAAAAAAAAAAUCACACCACACACCCACCACAACACCAUUCCGUAAUUGCAUUUUACAGUAUCAGUAUCACUGAGAAACUUUUCAACCAUAGGCCUAUCCGAGACAGCCAUCAUGGACGUAAUGUCAUCAUCCCUGCAGCAGCAGCGCGUCGUCGUGGAGCAGCUGCGACGCGAGGCGGCCAUUGAGCGCCAGACCGUGUCCGAGUCUUGCGCUAAAAUGAUGAAGUACAUCACGGAGCACGAGCAGGAGGACUACCUGCUGACUGGAUUCACCAGCCAGAAGGUUAAUCCCUUCCGCGAGAAGUCAUCAUGCACCGUACUUUAAGAUGGUGCUGGAAGGUGGAUCCGUUCGGUGAAGAUGGAACUGGAGACGAUAAAGAUGGAGGAUGAAGGAGCACCGGCGGAUGUUAGAUUAUGUUUUAGUUUAGCGAGAUGGAUUAAGAAGUACGACAGGGUACAGCAAGUACCAGUCAACACCACCUGGAUCAAUAUAUCUUUGUGUAAAAGCAACAAUAACUACGAUUGUCAUAAGCAAUAUAGUUACAAUUUUAAUUCCGAUUGCGAGGAAAUAUAUAUAUAUAUAUAACGAGAUAUAUCAAUGUGUACCAUUCAUGUUCACCAUGACAUGUUCGCAUAGAGGUUCCAACCAACCACAACAACAAAAUCCGCAAAAAAAAAAACCCCAAAUAUUUUAGCAUUUUUUGACCCAAAGAUAUCAGAGUUAUUGCCCUUCAGAUUAGACAAAAAGCUGUUGUUAAUGUACACGAAUAUCCCAACUAUAACGACAAUUAAUGCGCUGACUAUAGCAUCCAACUACUAAUACCUAAACCGAAGUAUAAACCGAUUCUCACAGAAAAUAUAUAUACAAAAAAAAUAAAUAAAUAUCAACGUAAUCCAACAAUACAAAUUUUUCAAUAAACGUAAAACUCAACCGAAAAUACA